AUGCGUUUCCCCUUCCUCGCGCUUGCGCUCGCCGGCUCGGCCGCUGUAACAGUCGCAGAGAGCGAAUACGACCGCCCCGAUCUUACGGACACAUACUGGGACGUGAGCAUUUCUGCACAGUCCGGUCGCCCAGGCUACAGCAUCCGCGACUUCAACGCUACUUUCCAUUCAUCAAUCACCAAUGCCAUCGAGGGAAAGUGUCACUACAGUUUCGUGCCGCAAGGCACCAGUGCGCCUGCCGAGACGGAUGAGUGUAGCACGGGAUUGAAGUAUGGAUGGGACUACACGAACGUUACGUUCCUAGAGCAGACCCUCGUUCUGGGUAACGACACUUUUUGGAUUUACGGACUGUCAACCAAGAUAGAGACGACUCGCAAGAGCGAUGGCAUGAGCAGCACGACCAAGGGUGAUGGCAGGGUGGAUAUCAGCCAUUAUUGUAUCAAACCCGGAUCGGGGACCUACAGUGGAUGUGGAUACGCUAACGGUUGCGUAUCCACGAAGUGCAACAACGAGAAGACAGGCGCUGCUUAG